CCACAAACCAUAUCCAGGCGCCGUCUAUAACGCUGACCCAAGACGCUUCUCCGGUUUGCACCUACCUAGAGCUGCUGCUGGCUCUUGGCAGAUCAAAGCGGGGGCAUCUGGGUCUGGGGCUCCGUUAUGCGGGCAGUCCCCACUGGAGCUACCCUGCUUUUCAAAACGGUCCGAUAUCGCUGACCCAGGAAAAUUUUGUACCCACAAUGCCUAAGUCGGAGCUGAUCCCUUAUGUUGAGUUUUGUUGAAGCUCGCUCCUAAAAUCAUCUCCGUUCGACUUUCCAUUGUCGGUGAACACGGAUUCCCUCUCUCUCCAUCUUCACUCAAUCUUGUUUUUCUUGGUCCCUUAUUCUUCCUCGUCACACCAAAAUCAUGUCUGCUCGUGGUUUCUCAAAGGCUUUGAGGCCAAUGGCCCGCCAAUUGGCCACUCCGGCCGUUCAGAGGCGUACCUUCGUCGCUGCUUCUAGCAUGGUGCGGGCCACCAGGAAAGUCGCCGUCGCACCCGCUCAGCAGCAGAUCCGUGGUGUCAAGACCAUGGACUUUGCUGGCCACAAAGAGCAGGUCUGGGAGCGUGCCGACUGGCCCAAGGAGAAGCUGCUGGAGUACUUCAAGGACGACACUCUUGCCCUCAUCGGCUAUGGCUCGCAGGGUCACGGUCAGGGUCUUAACCUCCGCGACAACGGCCUCAACGUCAUCAUCGGUGUGCGCAAGAACGGCAAGUCGUGGAAGGACGCCGUCCAGGACGGCUGGGUUCCCGGCAAGAACCUCUUCGAGGUCGACGAGGCCAUCUCGCGCGGUACCGUCAUCAUGAACCUUCUGAGCGACGCUGCCCAGAGCGAGACGUGGCCUGCUCUCAAGCCCCAGAUCACCAAGGGAAAGACUCUGUACUUUUCGCACGGUUUCUCUCCCGUCUUCAAGGACCUCACCAAGGUUGAGGUUCCCACCGAUGUCGACGUCAUCCUCUGUGCCCCCAAGGGCUCCGGCCGCACUGUCCGCUCGCUCUUCCGCGAGGGCCGUGGCAUCAACUCUUCUUUCGCCGUCUACCAGGACGUGACUGGCAAGGCUGAGGAGAAGGCCAUCGCUCUGGGUGUUGCCAUUGGCAGUGGUUACCUUUACAAGACCACCUUCGAGAAGGAGGUCUACUCUGACCUGUACGGUGAGCGUGGUUGCCUGAUGGGUGGUAUCCACGGUAUGUUCCUUGCCCAGUACGAGGUUCUACGUGAGCGUGGCCACAGCCCCUCGGAGGCUUUCAACGAGACCGUUGAGGAGGCUACCCAGUCGCUCUACCCCCUGAUCGGUGCCAACGGCAUGGACUGGAUGUACGAGGCCUGCUCGACCACUGCCCGUCGUGGUGCCAUCGACUGGAGCCCCCGCUUCAAGGACGCCCUCAAGCCCGUCUUCAACCAGCUUUACGACUCGGUCAAGGACGGCUCCGAGACUAAGCGCUCGCUCGAGUACAACAGCCAGCCCGACUACCGCGAGAAGUACGAGGCCGAGAUGGAGGAGAUCCGCAACCUUGAGAUCUGGAGGGCGGGUAAGGCUGUUCGCAGCCUCCGUCCCGAGAACCAGAAGUAAACUGUAUUUUUCUCAAGUUCCGGUCAAAUACGAGCAGAUCUCUACAGACUGCUGGUAGGUGAUCAAUGUGUUUGAAAAAUAAUCUGGAGUCAUCGCUACAUUUCUUGGAAUAUCGCGGGGUUCUGUGUCCAAAAAGCUGGCGGUGUUUCAAUCGGGUUUGCUUUUAAUGUUUAUCAGAUUUCAUAUUUGUCUGGGAUUACAUCAGUCUACUAUACCUCGCCAGUUUAAAUUGGUAUCCAUUUUUUUUCGUCUUUUAUACCUGCUCGGUCAUCUGUCCCCAUACUACUGUGCCACUAUUGAUUCUUUUUCUCCAUGACGCCUUUGCAGUUGUUGGUCGAGCUCAACAAAACCUCCAUCUUGGCCACCGCCAAGGGGGAUCCAAACGUCGACCCAUCGCCGGGCAUCCUCGUAGCGCUCUUCCGACGCGAUCCAUUCCUCCUCGCCCGCCCGCUCAAUAUAAACGGUACGCAGGCCGCAUGCUUUCGCUCCCUUGAGGUCGACCAAGUGGGCAGCCACCAUGGCAACCUCAUCCGGCUGCAGACCCAAGCCCUCGACAGCUCCCAAGUAUGUCCUCGGGUUAGGCUUGUAGGCACCAAAGUCUUCAGCAGAGAAGAGACGGUUGAAACCGAGGCCGUCGCGGUAGGUGUUUAAGUCCUGCAGCAGGGACUGGUUGCCGUUGGACAGGGCAGCCGUGACCAAACCCCGGCUCGCCAACCGCGCGAGCCCUAAGCGGGUGUCGGGCCAGGGCUCCAGCCUGUGCCACGCGCGGCUCAGCUCCAGCAACUCGUCGUCAGUGAACAGGCCGGCCAGACCUCGCUCCUCAAGCAGGCGCUCGAGGCUCUGGCGGUGGUGCGUGUCGAUGUCCUUCCACGGUGUGAUUCCGGGCUCGAAGCCACGCGUGAAGCGGCCGUAGCUCCGCCUCCAAGCGGCGGCAAAGGCGCAAGGCCAGUCUGGCAGCAGGUCCGGCGUCGGAAAGCUCGAGGGCGACGCCGACGCCGCGAUCAUAUCGAUGCUGCUGUCCCUUCCGCCGCCGCCCGCGGUCUGGAGGUUCCUGGCGCGCGCCUGGAGCUCUGCGGGAAGCGUGGCGAAACCUGCUGAGUCGAUCUUGGCGUCGAGUGCGGACGUCAGCGCCGAUUCGAUCGAGGUUCGCCAGUUCACAGUCGUGCCGAAGACGUCAAACGUCAACGCCUUGAUCUUGUGCAGGGAUAAUGGGGUUGAGGCUCUGGGGAGGGCAUGGCCUUCGGACAUUGUUUUUUUUUUUUUUUUUUUUUUUAUAAGAGGGUGGUUUCUUCUUAUCUCUUUUUCUUUUCUUGUCUUUCACAUCUAUUUUCGAGUGAA